UGGUGUGAAGUUCCCUCUACACUCCCAGUAAAGAAAAUAUUCGGUGAACAUGGCUCGUACGAAACAGACUGCUCGCAAGUCAACUGGAGGAAAGGCUCCUCGGAAGCAAUUGGCUACGAAAGCUGCACGUAAAAGUGCACCAGCUACCGGAGGAGUUAAGAAGCCUCAUCGCUACAGACCAGGAACCGUCGCUCUGCGUGAGAUUCGUCGCUAUCAGAAGAGCACGGAGCUGCUUAUUCGCAAACUGCCCUUCCAGCGAUUGGUUCGCGAGAUCGCUCAGGACUUCAAGACGGACCUUCGCUUCCAGAGUUCAGCCGUGAUGGCACUUCAAGAAGCUAGCGAGGCUUAUCUCGUCGGCCUCUUCGAAGACACCAACUUGUGUGCCAUCCACGCCAAGCGUGUCACCAUCAUGCCAAAGGACAUCCAGUUGGCUCGCCGUAUUCGUGGAGAACGUGCCUAAAUACCGAAGGCUUAUAAAAUAAAACCGGUCCUUUUCAGGACCAAAAUUCGGUUAUUCCGAGGAACAUGCACAUACGUUUAUACUCUGAAAGAUGUUUCUGAAUUUAAUCCAAACAUGCCCACGUACAUACAUUUUAGUAUACUUUAGC